UCUUUAAAAUCGACGUCACUAUUGUUUUUUCAAGUGUUUAUAAAGUGACUUCUAGUAAAUCAGUGUUACCACGUGUUAUCUGCAAGAUAUAUAAUAUAUUUUAGUAAGAAAGGCUACUAAACAACGACAAAUUCUAUUCUAAUAGAAUUGCUGAAACCUAUAAUCUAAACAUUCUAAAGAUUAUAGGGUUAGAGUAUAGAUGCGUAAAGUUUUUAAAAUACAAAACGAUGCUUUGGCAAUUCACUUCUACAACUUCUAGAAAGAACUAGAAAGGGCUGUCAAUCAUUUCACUGAUUAUUGAUCUACGUCUAAAUAACCUUAAUGUUUAUACUAAAAUCCAAUAAAUUCAAAUAUAUCAACUAGAGAUCAACUAUUCAAAAAUAAAAAUCACAAGACAAGUUAACUGUAUAUAUGGCAGGGAAUAUAGAAGAAAUGGACUCAAGCUCUGAAGAAUCUACAGAAAACUCUGAAGAAGAUAUAGACUCAAACUCUGAAGAAUUUGAAGGAAACUCAGAGGAAGAUGUGAACUCAAACUCUGAACAAUUUGCAGUGGAUCUAAGUGCUAUCAUACGUACGCUGGUUAAUGAUAAAGAAUUGGAUCAGAAAUCCGAAAAUGAAUUAGAAAAGCAAAAAAAAUUAAAGAAAACAUCAAAGAAAUCGAUUGUGAAUAAAACUAAACCAAGUAAAAAGAAGAGAGUCGUGAUUGCAUACUCUGACAGUGAUGAUACUUGUGAUGAUUUGUCUAGCCCAGAAACUUUUGAUGAAUCCGAAAUUUACACAAAGCCGAAUAAACUCCCUGAACUAAUGACAGACAAAAUGAUGAGUGUGUAUAUUAAACCUUCAAGUAGUAACGCUAUAAUCAUACCCACAGGUGCAGAAGAAGAUUUGAUAGAAUUUGAUACUAAAAUGGAAGAAAAAAAUCCAAAUACAGUAUCAAUUGAAUCUUCUAAUGUAGAUAAAGACAAUUCCAAAGUAAUCAUAAACGCUUUCUCGGCUAACAUUGAAAGUGAUAAUGAGUUGAUAGAAAUUUAUAGGACAAUUAAACAAAAGACCCUACCUAUAAGUACACCUUUUCAAGCACAUAAUAUUGGUGAGAUCGAUUCUAAAAUAAUUGGAAACAAUUUGCCUAUUAAUCAGGAAAAUGGAAUAGAGGUAAUUGCACUUAAGAGCUCAUUGGAAGAAGAAAUCACAGUUCUACCACGUAAUGCAGUUGAAGUUAAUCCUGGAUUAUUGGCAAUCGAUUUGUCAAUAAAUUCAAUGUCAAUUCCACUACAUAAUGGUAAAAGCGAUGAGCCCGAGCUAAUGAGAAGCAAUUUGAUGAAUGAUUCUAAUGCUAUUUCGUUUAAUGAAACUAUAACAAUACCCAUAAAUCCUAACAUAGAUACAGAUUGUCAAAGUGAUUUGACAGUACUAGCAAAUUUAACAGUUGUUUCAUCUGUUAACCCAAAUGAGAUCAAUGAAAAGUCUCAAGAUUUUAAUAUUGAUUUGGGAGACCCAAUGGUUUGGAACAUGAACCCAGCUAUUCCGCCUGUUGACUUAAAUGAGACCAAUGACAACUCUGAAGAUCGUAACAUUGAUUUGGGAAACCAAACGAUUCCAAACCUGUGUGAAAAUACAGCUGAGCUGGGUGUAACCAGCAAGGAUGAAAUUAACUUAAAUGAAAGUAUUGAACAACCAGUAGACGCCGUUUUUGUCAAAAAGGGUAACAAACGUAUUAAAAUCACCGAAACAGAUAUAGAUUGUGGAAAGAAGUUAAAGACUAAAAAUAUUGGUAAAAAGAGCAAAUCCGAUAUUUUACCUACAACCUCCGAAGCAGUCAAACUACAUAAUGAUACUAAUGAUAACUUGAAUUUAUCAGUAAAUAAUUUGUUUGGUGAUAUUAGUGAUAUAUCGUCUGAUGAAGACAAUUCAAUUGUAAGAUCUAACAAACAAUUGCAACAAAACCAGACUUUAGUAAGCUUAAAUAAGCCGAUAGAGUUGGACGAGAGUGCAGAUAUUAAGAUAAAAAUUCCACGCAUUUAUGUAGAUCUUGGAAAGGAUUCGUUUAAAGUGAAGCUACCCAAUAUACUAUCAAUUGACAGUGAACCAUUUGAUACUACACUAUAUGAUGAUGAAAUUGAGAUUACAGGUAAAACGGAUGAAGAAGGCCGUGAACGUAUAAAGUUAAAAGUGAAUAAUACAAUCCGUUGGCGAUACGCUUUAAAUGAAAAAAAAGAAAAAAUGAAAGAGACUAAUGCCCGCAUGGUACACUGGUCUGAUAAUUCCUAUACUUUACAUUUGGGUAAUGAAAUUUAUAUUGCCACUAAAAUGCAACUAUUAGACGAUGAUUAUGAAUAUAUUUUUGCGCGUCAACAACGCAAUUUUGAGGCUCUAGCCAAAAUAACCCAAAAAUUCACAUUUAGACCACACUCUACAGAAUCUUCAACACACCGAAAAAUGACCAUGUCUUUGGCAGAGCGAUCCUUUAACAGAGAAGUCGGGACUAAAUUUCUCUCCAAUACUGGCAAGGAUCCAACACUCGAACAAAAACUAAAAAUUAAGGAAGCGGAACGUGACUUACGAGCUUAUGAACGAAAUCGAUGUAGAGUGCCCAAUGUUAAACUUAAAAGAAAAAAAAACACAAAUAAAGAGAACAGCAACGUUGAAGAUGGAGAGAAUGUGAUUUCUAUCGAUGCUAUUAAAAAUAGAUACAAAAGAAAAAAACCUGAAAUAAGCGCCGUAUCUAAUCUAAUCAAUUCUAAAUCUAAGCAAUUGAAACCUUUUGUAUCAAAUGAUGAUAAAAGUUCUGGAGAGGAGAGCGUGCAAUUCAAUGUUAGUCGUACGAAAAAAUUGAAUCGUCAAAAGGUUGUUUUUAACUUGGAUUCUGACGAUGAUACCAAUAUUUAGUUCUAGAUCAAAACAUUUUGCAACCAGUUUAUAGUAAAUGUAGUAGUUUUUGUUACAAUAUUUGUUUAGUUUCAAAAAAUUUAUUAAAA